GUUCAGUGCCGGCCCAGCAUGCGUCAGUCACGCCGCCUCUUCUUUUUGGUCACCCUUGUCCUAAUCCACCUCAGUUUGGCCAGAGCCAAGCCAGUCUCCGGACCCGCCCGGUGUCUUAACAGCUCCCAAACCCUGCUCAGGACUACGGACAACGCGCUGAAGACGGCCAGACAAAAGCUAACUAACUACUGUGGUGCUGAAGACUUCGAUCGCGAAGACAUCACAAAAGACAAAACCAGCACACUGAAGGCCUGUUUGCCACUGGAACUGGUCAAGAAUGAGAGUUGCCUGGCUGGAGAGACUUCUUCCAUAAUCAGAGGGAGUUGCCUGCUUCCCCAAAAGACUUCUUCCAUGAUGACCCUGUGCCUUAGUAGCAUCUAUGAGGACUUGAAGAUUUACCAGACAGAGUUCCAGGCCAUAGACGCAGAGCUUCAGCGUCAGAAUCAGAUCACUCUGGACAAUGACAUGUUGGCAGCCAUUGAUGAGCUGAUGCAGGCUCUGAAUCAUAAUGGACAGACUCUGCCUCAGAAACCUUUCCUGGCAGAAAGAGACCCUAUCAAAUUGGAAAUGCAUCUCUGCAUUCAACUCCAUGCUUUCAGCAUCCGUGUCACGACCAUCAACAAAGUGAUGAGCUAUCUGAACUCCUACUGAAAGGCCCCAGUCCCUCCCCUUUAGUGCCCUCUUUGCAAAACUAUGAACCAGAGAAAUUUUAAUACGAGGUGGGCGAAGAGUCAGGAAACCUUAGCCUGGUUGACCUUAAGUUCCUGCAGGAACCGAUGCUCCUAUCACAUCCCCAACCCCCCAUCAACGGUGGCACAGCUACCUCAGCACGGCCCCUUCAGUCAUGUCUCAUAUUUAUUAUGCAUGUUGUUUGUAAGAAAAUGUCCUCCCUGAAAGUGUCAGCAGAAGGGCAAGAUAUGAUAAGCUAGUAUUUUUGUACC